GGUGCGCUGACUUUUAUCCCGCGAAGGAUACGUUCAAAUAGUGAAUUUUGGUUUGUUUUGAAAUUUGUUUAAAAUAAAAUGGAUAAAAGAAAAAAUUACGUUCUAAAUAUACACGAUGUUGUAACUGCUAUAGAGUUUUCUCCAUUCGGAUGGGUCAGUUCUUUAUUAGCCGUCGGAACAUCCACUAACGUCAUUAUCAUAUCUUGUAAAUUUCCUGAAGAUGAUGCUCUUGUUGAAGAUUUAGAGUAUAAAUAUAUAAGGGAAUUUCAUCAUGGAUGUUUUGUGAAUUGCAUUGCUUGGAGUCCACAGACAACACUAACUCAAAUUCCACAUGUAUUAAGAUUUGCUACAGUUGGAGGUGACAAGAAAAUCAGAUUUUUUCAUUCAGAUGUAAAAAAUGAAGACACAAUACAGAUUUUAGAGGGACACACAGAUUAUAUUAAUUAUAUAAGUUUUGAACCACAAAAUGGAGAAGAAUUUGCAAGUGUCAGUGAUGAUCACACUUGUCGGAUUUGGAGUGUAAAUGGCACGUUAAAAUUUACAUUUUUACUCACAUCACCUGGAGUAUUUGUAUCCUGGCAUCCAGACGAGUUACCUGGAAAACUUAUGGUUGCAGAGAAGAAAGGAAUUAUUAGAUUUUAUAAUAUCAAUAAGCAACAACCAAUGAUGUCUUUGGACUGUAAUUUAACUCCAUUAAUGUCAGCUGAUUGGUGCACAACUAAUAGUCUUCAAGUUGGUUGUGUGGCUGCUACUGAUUUGUUGUUAUGGAAUAUUUCACUUUCAAGCCAACCUGUUAAUAAGAAACUUGCUCAUAACAAAGGUGCACUUUGCUUUUCUUUUUCUCGUAUAAAUCUAAAUGUAAUGGCUACCAGAGGUCGACCUGGCAAUGAAAUCAAAGUAAUGAAUGCUAAACUUAAUCAAAUAAUUUUGUCUGAAAAUUUGCCAGCUGGUCAAGGUAUAUCUUGGCAUUGUAAGCUUCCGAUUCUAGCAGCUGGAGGAGAUAGAAAAGUUCAUAUAUGGAAGAUUGAUAGCACAUAAAGUUUGUCAUUUAAAUUAAAUUGUUGUAAUGCAUCAGUAACUAUAAGUUAAUGAUGUCCUCCUUGGUUUUUUUCUUUUAAAUAAAAUGUGUAUAUAUUGUAUUAUUUAUUGUAUUUUUAUAUAUAUCU